GUUCUUCGGAAGAGGUGGAUGAAGAGGUGACGCUAAAUGAACAGGAGGAAGAGGACGAGGGGGAGGAGGAGGAGGAAGAGAGUUCACAGCGCCGAGCUGUAACCGCAGAGAUCCUGGUCUUUGUACCCAUGUUCUCAAGUGUCGUCCGGACGAGACUGGUGACGAAGUGGCGGCCAAAGGAUGGGGAACGCGUCCACGACAAUGACAGCCGCGAAGAUGAAGCUGCGAUAUCGAUUGGUGUGCAGGCGUGAGACGGGGUGGAAUCAGCACCGGACCGUGAUUGAUGGUGAUUGCAUUGAGGAGUGGAUAGACAAUGGAUGACGACGAUCGUGAAAAUCGUGAUCAAGUGUGGCGAGUUCAUCUCGGGAGCCUGGUCACCAACGACUGAACGAAGAAGCCCGUCGCUUUGCAUUUGGUUCUGCGCUUUUGAGCGAAACCCAGACGCACACAAAGGCCCCCGAUAGCCGUGCAGACUCUUGCGAUGGAUGCGUCCCGUUCCAUGCCCGGCCUCCUCCGUCAACCCCUAGUACUGAUGUUGUGUUUCACAACAGGUAUGCCUACUCAUACGAGACUGAGUCGAUAUAUGGGUGACCCGGGACUGGUUGAGAUCAUCACCACUGAUGUUGAUUGUGUCCGGGAAUCGGAGCAGUGCGAAACCCCGCACGCUAUCGCUCCUCAGACAAAGAUAAAGAUCCCUCGUAUAGCCUUAACAGACUCUAGGGGCAAGUGUUGUUAGCGAGCACCUAUAAAGGCCGGCACGGCAUACGAGGGGGUACGUGGCCAACACCACGCCCGGCCGCCUUUGUCUCCCCAGUGGCGAUGUUUACACACCGCACCAGGUACUCAGUUGAGGCUGAGUCAACCUAGGGGAGGCCCAGGACCGGUUCAGAUAAUCGUCACUGGUGUUGGCCGUGAGCGGGAAUUGAACCCGGGUCGCCGGGUUCGUAGCGCAGCGUAGCGCUAACCGCUACACCACCGCUCCCCACGAGACACACACACAAAGACAAAGAUCCCCCGUAAAGACCACACAGGCUGUUCGGGCAAGAGUCAUUCGUGCACCGAUUCUCGGACACAGUUAACGUCAGUGGCGAUUAUCUCAACCGGUUAUGGGCCUCUUCGAUGUCAACUCGACGUGAAUGAGUCGUUAUGUAAACAUCGCCACUGGGGAUACUAAGGCGGUCGGACGAAAUUCUUGCCAUAUCACCCCCCCUCGUGCGUCGUCCCGGCCUUCAUAAAUAAGCAGGCAUCACGCCUCGUUCCAAUAUUUGGCCCUCCACACAAACACAAAAAAAUCGACAUAUUUACACAGCCACACGCAUUUGCACAGGUAAGUCCUUCGUAGGAUCUCCACAGACACAAACAGCCGCACGCGCGCAAGCUCUCACUGCCGUGCACGGAGCAGCGCGGAUGACGGAGCAAACAAGAGGAACAAACAGACACGUGCAAACAUGUGACGAGGAUGAGUCCAUUGUGUUCAGUUUCGAGUCGCGCUUACGGCGACCAAUCUCCUCCCUCCCUCCCUAAACCCUCCUCCUCCCUCCUUCCCUCCCCUCCUCUCGCCGCGUGGACGCGCACACGCGCGCCCGUGCGUGCGCUCUCCCUGCCCGAGUGGGCGAGAGGGAGCGGGCUGGGUGCCGUCCCGCGGGCGGAGUGCUCUCUGCUGACUGACCGGCUGUCGACACGGAGGCGCUUCGCUGCCCGGGUCCCCACGACGCCGCCGCGCCGCCUCGACCCCGCGAUGCCGAGCCGCGGCCCCGGCGACCCCGUGCCCCGGGGCGGCCCUGAGCCAGAGCGAGGCGGGUACGCGUACGCGUACACGUGCGCGCAGCACCCGCGCGAGCUGCUGCGCGCUCUGCACUCCUUCUACCAGCACGGCCUCUUCUCGGACAUCACGCUGGAGUGCCACGGGCAGCAACAAUCUCCUCCUCGUCUUCCAUCACCACCUCACCAUCCAUCUCCUCCGUCACCCCCGUCCCCGAUGACGGCCACGCGCCGCUCGUUCCGCUGCCACCGUGCCGUGCUGUCCGCCUGCAGCGCCUACUUCCACGCAAUGUUCACGGCCGACAUGCGCGAGCGACGCUUCUCGCGCGUCGUGCUGCCCGCCGUGGAGCCCGAUGUCAUGGAGACGCUCCUGCGCUUCGCGUACACGUCGCGCGUCUCCAUCACGGAGCGCAACGUGCAGUCCCUCCUGGCGGCCGCCGACCUGCUGCAGUUCGGCGCCGUCAAGGCGGCGUGCGAGCGCUUCCUCGUGCGCCGCCUCGACCCCUCCAACUGCCUGGGGCUGCUCGCCUUCGCCGAGACGCACGCGUGCCGCCGCCUGGAGCGCGAGUCGCGCCGCCUCUCCGCCUCCGCCUUCCAGGAGGUUUGCGCCGGCGACGAGUUCCCCGAGUUGGAGGCGCGGCGCCUGCGCGCGCUCCUCUCGCGCCGGGACCUGGAGGUGGCGAGCGAGGAGGCGCUGCUGGGCGCCCUGGCCGCGUGGGUGGCGCACGACCCGGGCAGCCGCGCCGCGCUGCUGCCGGAGCUGCUGGAGAUCGGCGUGAACCUGCGGCUCCUCGACACCGCGCUGGAGGAGGCGCUGGCGACAGCGGCCGCGGGCGCUGCGUCCACGACCGAGGCGCUGCGCUCGGCGCUGCGCGCGGCCGUGCUGGGACCGUGCCCUCGCGUGGAGCGCGCCUGCUCCGCUGAGCUCUACGUGGUGGGCGGCUACCACUGGCGGCCCCUGGCCGAGGUGCACGCGUGGCGGCCCGGGCAGGACGCGUGGAGCGCAGGGGCCGCGCUGCCGGAGCGCGCGCUCGAGAGCUACGCCGUGGCAGCGCUGGGUGCGCGCGUGUUCGUGAGCGGGGGGUACCGCGGCGAGCGCGUGGAGGAGGCGCUCGCCUCGCUCUGGGUCUACAGCUGUGAGCGAGACCGCUGGACCCCCGGGUCCCCCAUGGGGCUGCCGCGCUACUGCCACUGCGCGGCCAGCGCGCUCGGAUGCGUGUUCGCCAUGGGGGGGUUCAGGGACGGGGCCCCCGCCAGGGACGCGGAGCGCUACGACCCCCUGAAGCGCGAGUGGACACCCAUUGCGAGCAUGGAGCACGGUGUGGGUAACGCGACUGCGUGCUCGUUCAGGGACUGCAUCUACGUGAUUGGGGGGCACUCAGGCUGCCCCGGGGGGUCUUCACUGGGACACGUGCAGGCCCACCACGCGGAGCGGAACCAGUGGAGCUCGCUCACUCUCUGCCCUCAUCCCGAGUACGGCCUCUGCUCGGCGGUGCUGGGGGGCCUGAUCUACGUGCUGGGGGGCCACAGCGCCCACGUGGACGUGUACGACCCCGAGCGCGGAGAGUGGCGCCCCGGGGGGGUCACCGUGGAGCGGCGGCUCGAGGGGGGCUGCGCGGCGCUGGGCGGACGCCUGCUCAUCACGGGGGGCUACUCGGCCGAGCGGGGGGCCUACUUGCAGAGCGUGGAGGCGUACGACCCCCGCUCCGGCGUCUGGGCGCUGGCCGGGGCAUUGCCGGGACCCAUGCGCUCCCACGGCUGUGUGGUGAUUCACGGCGUGUGACG